AUGACGGAGCGCAAAUCAUGCUCUCCGAAAGUCAAUGGGUCCUCGGCCUUUCGCAAAAUAGCACAGCGCCGCGACAGCGACACAAGUGUUACAGAGUCAAGUGCUGCAGAAUCUGAUGAUAUCACUGGACUAUCGAAUGCUGGAUCUUCCUAUCUGAAUCGACUGAGUGACAUACGAGAUUCAUUGAAUAGUGUGGAGCAUAGAGACUCCAUGAAGAAAUUUGCACUCCGAUCUCUAGAAACAGUCAGUGAAAUGAAGGUUCUUUCCAACUGCUUUGAACGAAAAAUGUCUGGGCAGGACAAUGCUGUUACCAAGGAAUUCUCGGUCAAUAAGUUGAAGUUUCAUCGACUGGAAUUGGUUGGACGAGACAAGGAAAAGACUCUCUUGAAGGAAAGACUGUUGAGUCAGAGUCAAAAUGCUGGUGUCCAAGAUAGAUCCGCUCAUAUGAUUGGGCACCGAGAGCUCAUCAUGAUCAGUGGGGUAUCUGGUUCGGGCAAAUCGGCUCUGGCCCAAACACUGGAAGAUCACCUCAACCAAAAGAAAAUGGGAGUCUUGGUUCAUGGCAAAUUUGACCUCCAGGCAGCAGAGGAGCCUUAUUCUACAAUUAUCAGUGCUUGUCAUGAUUUGGGAGUCAAGAUUCUGAAGCUGGCACACGGCAAUGACACAGAAAGUAAUGAAAGGGCCAAAAAGAAUACUGAGUCCUAUAGGAAAAUUCAAGAUAAGCUCCGUGGAGAGCUGGUGGGUAUGGAGUUGGAAAUGCUGGUCCACGCCGUCCCAAUUUGGGGAGACAUUCUUAUGGAGAAGGUUGAGUUACAUGCGGAUCCACAGCGCCACACAGUCAGCAACGCUGAAGUCAGGCCACCUGAUGAAGUCACAAGCAGCAGCAAGGAUCCCAUGGGUCAAACGCAAGAAAUGCUGGAAUCAGCAUUCCGAAAGUUUUUUAGGGUGAUCAGCUUCUUCUUUGCUCCAUUGGUUCUGGUCUUAGAUGACCUCCAGUGGUCAGAUAUCAGGACACUUGAGCUGCUCAAGCUAUUGGUUUCGGACACGACCAAUCCACAUCUCAUGGUUGUUGGCUGCUACCGGUCUGAUGAAGUAGAGGAAACACACAGUCUGGCACAAGUAAUUCGUGACUUGAAGCAUGACAGUCAGAAGAUCGGCUUGACCAUCACGGAGCUCCACAUUGGCAACUUGACUCCCACCGAUUCAAACCAAAUUGUCAUGACCUUGCUGAACAUCGAUAACCAAACAAAGACCCGAGAAUUGUCCGACUUAUGCCAUCAGAGGACCAUGGGAAACCCAUUUUUCUUUCUGAUGUAUGUGGAAAUGCUGAAUCAAGAUGGAUUGCUCAUAUUCAACUUGGGAACCUUUUGUUGGGAGUGGGAUAUUUCCAGAAUCAAAGCAGCCACUGCAGCUACAGCUAAUGUAGUGGACUUGAUGACAUCAAAGUUCUUGAAACAGUCCAAAGAAUUGGUCCAUUUGCUCAAGCUGGCUUGUUGCUUGGGUAAUAUCUUUACAGGAUCAGUACUCUUCUUGGUAUGGGCCAUGUCACCAGAUGUCAUCAUGCCAAAUGAUGAGGGAACUUCUAAGGAUGAACUCUUCCAUCAACUGCUGGAGGAAUCCAUCGAAGAGAAGUUCCUGGAACGGAUUGAUGAAGGUUUGCGAUGGACCCAUGACAAGGUCCAAGAGGCUGCCAUGUUGUUGGAGCCACAAGAGAACUUUGCAGCAAGAAAGUACAAAGUAGGACAAACUCUUUAUACCUGCUUGGAUGGAGAGGACUUGGAACAGUACUUGUUCUGUAUUGUCAACCUACUGAAUGACGGGUCUACUUCCGCAUCCACAGAGCUGGCUGAGCUCAACCUAAGGGCUGCCAAGAAGGCCAAAAUCUACAAUGCUGUAUCCCUUCAGUCGGUGUACUCUGAAUUUGGUAUCGCAAACCUGCCCAAUGAUUGCUGGACUAGUUGCAAGAACCUGGCUCUGGAACUCCACACCAUCCGAGCAGAAGCUGCCAGCAGCAUGGGAGAAUUUCCGACUAUGGAACAGUAUUGCAAUGUUGUGUUUAGUCAAAAGAACUGUUCUAUUCUCGACAAGAUCCCGUGCUACAAGGUUUGGAUUCAUAAGUUUGCCCGGCAUGGGAACUACCAUGAGGCUUUGAAACUUGAAGUUAAGGUGUUGGGGAAGCUGGGAUGCAGGCUUCCUCACAGAAAGAUUCCACAAGCACUGGCAGCAAUAUCAACACUACUCCAAUUCAAACGAAAGCUCAAAAAGAUUACUCCAACUGCUCCAGAACUGCAGAAGAUGCCCUUGAUGACUGACUCUGUUCACAAGAACGCAAUGUCAUUGCUGGCAUCACUCAUGUUGCAUGCCUACAUGGAUCAGAAUUCGAUGCUUUGGUUGCUAGGAACUUUUCGCAUGGUCCAUCUAACCCUCGAACACGGUUUGGCGGAUGAAUCACAACUUGCUUUCUCCUCGGCCGGAAUCAUGAUUAUGCAUGCCUUGGGUGACUGGGAAAUAGGAAAGCAGUAUGCAACCCUUGCUCUCAAUAUGUAUGACAAAUUAGAAGAGAGAUCUCCUCGAUCUUCAACCAUGUGUUGUUCACAUGGCGUUGCCAUUGUCUGGCUGCGCCCCAUGCAGAGUCAGCUUCGGUGGAUGAUGGAAGGCUACAAGAUUGGGAUGCAGUUUGGAGAUAUUGAAUGGUCGUUAGGCAACAUUACUAUCUACGCUGAGAUGGGUUUGCUAUCAGGUUUGCAGCUUCGAGGACUGUCUCAUGACAUUCGAAUCUACCUGUCCCAGUUUGAGAGAAUCAGCACCAACCUGGGCUAUUCCAGAAGACUCCGUCUCUAUUGGCAGACGGCAAUGAACUUGAUGGGUGAAUCGGAAAACACAACAAUUCUCUGUGGAUCAGCAAUCUCAGAGGAUUGCCUUUUGGAGGAGGCAUCUACUGUUUCAGGGAAAUUUUCAAGCCUGCUCAAGAGUUUUCUUUGUGUACUCCAGAGUUUUCUUUGUGUACACUUUGGCGAUCAUGAGAAAGGUGCAGUGCUUGCUCUGAAGAGAGGCAACAAUGUGUAUGAAGAACUUCCUGGCAUGCCUAUUGCCAUGGUGGAUCCUUUCCUCCGAGCUGUGUCACUGUAUGCAAUGGCUCGAAAAACCAAAAAGUUCAAGUAUCGACGUCAUGCCUACAGGGCAACAAAGACAGUAAAAGUCUGGCUGCAGAAGGGCAACCCCAACGCUUAUCACCAACUUGAGUUCCUCAAUGCCGAACGUGCUGCCCUCUCCAAAAGCCAAGAUACGUAUGAACUGUACUCCAAGGCUGCGCGAUUGGCAGUUCGAGGUGGCUGGAUUCAUGAUGCUGCCUUGGCAAGUGAACGACAUGCAGAGUAUAUGCUUGAACAGAACGACAAAGAUGGUGCUGCUGUCAAGCUAGCAGAAGCAAUUGAGCGUUAUGGCACUUGGGGUGCCAUGAAAAAGGUCACUCAACUGCAAGAAAUGUACUCUGACAUUCUCUGA